ACAUAAUAAUUUAUUUUGCCUUCUUUCAUGUCCCCCUAAAUGUUGAUUCAAUCUAUUUGUAGUUUAUGUUUCAUUGUUUUUAUGUAACACUUUCUUAUUCAUAUUUGUUGUGGACCACCACUUCUUCUUUUGGUCCAAAAACGAAAGUGUGAACUGGGUAGACAUGUCCACGUAGGAUCAAGGCCUAAAGGUGUCAUUGCCUCUUUAAAGUCAGAUGAAAGUUAUGUCUUCUUUUGUGUCCCAAAAUACAUUUUUGGUGUCUCCAAGUAUCAUGUGGUUAUUUAAGACCUGGAAAGUCCAGUAUGUCCUCAAAUCUAAACAGAGGAGCCCCAAAGACAAGCACACAUGGAGGACCCAGAGCUGGAUCAAGUCAUCCACAAUGCUCUCUCUCUACAGGAUGACUACCCAGAACUCUACCUUCCACCAAAUGACAAGGACACCAACGUCUCAUUUCCUAGAAUUUCCUUGGAGACAGGAAAACCGAAAUCUCUAAAUGAUCCAAGUCGACUUCAGGACACCCUGGUUGAGCUUUAUUCCAUUCUCGGGAUCCCACAGGACCUUCCCGUAACCAGACCAUUCAACUUAUGGAGAGACCAGUCAACACCAUCCAUUAUUGAUCACGAUGAGCACCAGUCAACCAGGCAGCAAGCAAAAGGAAUUAAAAGGGUGAUGCCUGAAGAAGAUACAGAAAUAUCUAGGCUAGGAGAGGAAGAGAAAGAAGAUCAAGUCCCAUCAACAUCAGCUCAAAAGUGUAGAAAGAGGACGCUCUACAACAAGCAGCAAACCCUCUUCCUACAGAAGCAGUUUGACAUCAAUCCCUACCCCGACUAUGUCAGCAGAUGCUGCUUCGCUCAGGUGACUGGGAUCCCGGAGCCCAGGAUCCAGGUCUGGUUUCAAAACCGAAGAGCGAGAUACCCCAGUAAAUCCUCCACAUCUAAAGAAGCAGAGGACCCCGGGGUGAAGCCGAUCAUAGCAUGUGAGGUGUCCCCGAACCCCAAAUUCUGCACGAACAUCUCCGCCAUCCACCAGAUAGGACCCCAGGCACAGAGGAGCAAGAGCAGUGGACACCUCAGUUGAAAAUGAAGAAUAGUCCCAGAACCGGCAUUUUCAGCACUUUCCAGCCCCAUUGGUGACAUAAUGCCCCUUACUCAUUUAUAGUAUUUAAUUUUUUUUAAUUUUUUUGAUUUUAUUUUUAAUUUAUGCCCUGUGCAAUAUUAUAUUCUAUGGUAUAAAAUAAAUUU